AUGUCUGCACCGGCCGUUUCGGGCGGCGAGUCCAAGAAUGUCGCCUUCAAGGACAAGGAGAAGCCCAUGGCGGUGCGCUCGUCCAACAUUGUCGCUGCCAGAGCCGUCGCCGAUGCAAUCCGGACGUCUCUCGGCCCUCGAGGAAUGGACAAGAUGAUCCGCAGCGGAAAGGGGGAAACCAUCAUCACCAACGACGGAAACACGAUGCUCAAGAGCAUGUCCGUGAUGCACCCGACAGCAAAGAUGCUGGUCAACCUGUCAGGAGCUCAGGACGUUGAAGCCGGUGACGGCACGACCUCCGUCGUCGUCAUCUGCGGCAGCCUCCUCGGUGCUGCUGACCGACUGCUGUCCAAGGGCAUCCACCCCUCCGUCAUCUCAGAGUCCUUCCAGAGGGCGUCCGCCGCCGCCGUCGAAGUCCUGCACGAAAUGUCCCAACCCAUCUCCCUGACCGACAAUGCCUCCCUUCUCCAAGCCGCCAACACAUCCCUGUCAUCCAAGAUUGUGUCUCAGUACUCGAACCUCCUCGGCCCCAUGGCUGUCAACGCCAUUACCAAGACGAUCGAUGUCAAGACUGCGGAGAACGUUGAUCUCAAAAACAUUCGCAUCAUCAAGAGGGUGGGCGGAACAAUCGAGGACAGUGAGCUGGUGGAUGGCCUGGUCCUCACACAGCCCGUCCUGAAGAACGCUGGUGGCCCCUUCAGAAUGGAGAAGGCCCGCAUUGGCCUCAUCCAGUUCCAGCUCAGUCCUCCCAAGCCUGAUAUGGAAAACACGAUCCAAGUCAAUGACUACCGCCAGAUGGACAAGAUUGUCAAGGAGGAGCGACUAUAUCUUUUGAACAUGGCCAAGAAGAUCAAGAAGGCUAAGUGCAACGUGCUCUUGAUUCAAAAGUCCAUCCUUCGCGAUGCCGUCAACGACCUUUCCCUACACUUCCUGGCCAAGCUCGGCAUCAUGGCCAUCAAGGACAUUGAGCGAGACGAAGUCGAGUUCAUCUGCAAGUCCACCGGCUGCAAGCCUAUUGCGGACAUUGACUCGUUCACCGAGGACAAGCUGGGCUCGGCAGACCUGGUGGAGGAGGUGCAGUCAUCGGGCUCACGCAUGGUCAAGGUCACCGGAGCCAAGGCCACGGGCAAGACCGUGUCCGUGGUUGUGCGCGGUGCCAACUCUCUCAUCCUGGAGGAAGCCGAGCGAAGUCUGCACGACGCUCUCUGCGUUCUCCGAUGUCUCGUCAAGAAGAAGGCCCUGAUUGCCGGAGGUGGCGCCCCUGAAAUCGAGAUUGCGGCUCAGCUGUCCAAGCAAGCGCGCAGCCUGACGGGCACCGAGGCCAUCUGCUGGAAGGCCUUUGCCGACGCCAUGGAGGUGAUUCCCACAACGCUUGCCGAGAACGCCGGUCUCAACAGCAUCAAGGUCGUCACCGACCUGAGACACCGUCACGAGAUGGGAGAGAAGAACGCCGGAGUCAGCAUCAAGUCGGGAGGAGUCAACACCAACAUUUCCAAGGAGAAUGUUCUGCAGCCCCUUUUGGUCAGCACCAGCGCCAUUGAGCUGGCGGCCGAGACUGUCAAGAUGAUUUUGAGGAUAGACGACAUUGCCUUGUCAAGGUAGAGGAAGGCUGCAGCUGGGGGUGGGAUUGCUGUGCUUGUAAUUAUCCAAUGUUAAAAGAGCAUACCUCUGUUGGCCUAACUUGCCUCUUCUGUCUUUGU